GUCAACAUGGUGAUUGGCAUCCUGGUGUUCAACAAGCUGGUCUCCAGAGACGGGAUUCUGGAGAAGAAGCCGAAGCAUCGAGCUGGGGCCUCUCUGUGGAGUUCCUGUGUGGUUCUGCCUCUGCUGGCUCUGACCUGGAUGUCUGCAGUGCUGGCCAUGACAGACAGCGCUCCAUCCUAUUUCAGAUCCUCUUUCUCUGUCCUUCGACUCGUUGAGGGCUUCGUCAUCGUCAUGGUGCACUGUAUCCUGAGGAAAGAGGUCCAAGAUGCUUUCAGAUGUCGUCUCAGGAACUGUCAGGACCCCAGAAACUGUCAGGACCCCCUCAACGCUGACAACACUGGGACUUUCCCCAACGGUCAUGCUCAGAUUAUGUAUGUUUCCAGCAACUGUGGUGGAUGCCUAACCAGGCCAGUGCAGUACGGCUCGGCAGGGAUCGCCUUGGCUCAGCUCAGUGUGAAAAGGACGGACUUUGAGAAAGACGUUGACAUCGCCUGUCGUUCAGCUCUCCACAAAGACAUGGGCUCUUGCCGCGGCGGCGACCAUCACCGGCACCCUAUCCCGCAUCUCUCUGAAUGACGAGGAGGACGAGAAGGGUCCCGAGGGGCUCACUACUCCACCUUACCCGGCAACUUCAUCUCCAAGGUGAUGAUCCAGCAGCCCGGCUGCACAUGGGCCCCAUGGGCGACAUGGGUGAGGGCUGCCUGGCGACAGCGUGUCCGACAUGCGCCGCACCGUCUACCUGUGCACGAUGAUGCUCUCCGUCAGUCCGACCAGGAUAUGGGCGGGCACGGGCAGGCGGGAUGGGCAGUGGCCACGACAUGGGCAGCAUGGGCGGUAUGGGUGGUAU